AUGCCCUCCUAUCACCAGGGCCAAGGUGACACAUUUCCUCUGUCCCCACCUUACCCAGGUUUUCCAUAUGUAAAUGCACCAUAUCCCUACCUCUCCUUAAAUCUGACAUCUGAUCCUGCCAAUGUGUCCAUCCUCACUCAGAGGUCACUGGAGCGACCCCAGGGCCGAGUGUACAACCAGUCAAUGGACGUAAAGAAAAAGAGAUGGCAAGUCCUGUGUGCUUCUGAGUGGCCGACAUUUAACGUCGGCUGGCCCCGUGAUGGGACUUUCGACCUUGGUAUUAUCUUGCAGGCUUCUGCCAAAUCUCAAUUAUAUCCUGUCCUCAAGAAAGAGAAAACCCUUCACUCCAAACCUAUUCUUCCUGCUGAUGAGUCUGAUCUUAUAGAUUUACUUUCAGAAGACGGAAUCACCCCCCCUUAUCAGCCCCCUACCCAGGGCACUGUAGGUGGCGGUGAUGCCCGGCAAAGGGGUCCGGACAAACCAGACAGUACCAGUACCACUCCUGCCCUGGACAACGGACAAGAAGACACUACUGCAGACUCCCCAGUAGCUGGCAGACUCAGUGGUAGAAGGGAGACAGCCACAGAAGGAACCUCCCGAGCCUUUCCCCUGCGCCAGACUGCCGGACCAGGAGGCCAAUUUCAAUACUGGCCUUUCUCGGCGUCCGACCUCUAUAAUUGGAAAUCUAACAACCCCUCCUUCUCCAAAGACCCUGUAGCUCUCUCUAAUCUAAUUGAAUACAUCCUAAUAACCCAUCAACCCACUUGGGAUGACUGCCAACAGCUUUUGCAGGUCCUUCUAACCUCAGAAGAAAAACAACGUGUCUUCCUGGAGGCUCGAAAGAACGUCUUAGGAGAUGAUGGGAGACCCACUCAGUUGCCUAAUGAAACUGAGGAAGCUUUUCCCCUAAAUCGUCCUGAUUGGGACUUCAAUACUGCUGCCGGUAGGGGACACCGGCGCCUUUAUCGCCAGUUACUCAUAGCGGGCCUCCGCGGCGCUGGACACCGUCCCACGAAUUUGGCUCAGGUAAGACAGAUAACCCAGGGACUGAAGGAAACUCCGACUGCAUUUUUGGAGAGGCUAAAGGAAGCCUACCAUAUGUACACACCCUUUGAUCCUGAUAGUAAUGAACAAAGGGGCAAUGUUUCUAUGGCUUUCAUUUGGCAGUCGGCUCCAGAUAUUAGGACUAAGUUGCAGAGACUAGAUAAUUUACAAGAUUAUAGCCUGCAGGAUCUCGUA